AUGGAUGAUAAGGCUAUAUUUAAUUAUUGUAGAAACCUCGGCUGCUGUGUAGCUUGCUGCCUUCGAUAUCUCGGUAUUAAAAACUCAAAUGCUUAUGCGAAUCCAACAAGUUUUGCUACAAAAUUUCAAGCCGAGGAGACGUUAAAUAAAGCCCCAGAAGACGCUGAAAAAUGUACGAGUACAGUAAUUGAGGACAUUAGUGAUGUACUAAAUGAAUCACAAAGCCAAGAAAUAAAGACAGAAGAUAAAAUAAAUAUUGAAAAUACACAAGAGAAUAAUAUAAACUCAACUAAUACUAUAAAUGAAUCGAGUAAUGGUGUUGAAGUAUUCGGUAAUGGGUCCUCUCCACCAUCGAAGAAACUUAAGUUAUCAACAUGCAUCAGUUGCUUAGGUGUUUUACAGGAAUUCACUUGGCAAGAGAGUAUUGAUAUGGUGAAAGAAGUUCUUGAUAAGAAGGGUUAUGCUUGCAACACAUUUGCCUGCGCCCUCUCCGCACCAAUAGCUACAAUGCUACGUGAAAGAGUUAUUACUUUGCAACUGACUAAUGAGUUCCCGGAAUAUGAUCAAAAUUCCCUUACUCCGUUAAAGGAGGCUUGGAAGUGGUCGUUUGGUACACAUUUAUCGAGACACAUCCAUAAAACUCUUGACUCGGGAGCCAUUUCUCCGUUGUUAGUCACACUUAAUAUUGACUAUGAUGAUGAUAUACAGGAACUAGAGAUUCUUAAGAAGGUGUCACCUCAACUGUUUGAAGAAAGAAGUAGACAAAGAAGGAGAUUUGCUACAGAAUUCACUCGUAGAUCAGUCGAACAGGCACUAGAGACCGCCACGCUAUCUUCUUUCCGCGCGGCGGGCGAUGCUCUAUGCCAUGUUAGUUCUCACGCACACUGCGUUAGUGUUAUAUGUACCCACGCGCCCAUUUACUUAUGUGGGAGGUAUAUAAAGCUGAGUAGAAAUCUUCCCCAAUCACCAUGGGUAUUAGAUGGCAAGAGGGUGCUACCUUCGUCAGUACAAGAAAUUAUCUUUGGACCCAUAGCAAAAUUUUACAAUUUUAGUGAUGUCGACUGUGAAGGUAGAUUGAAAUUUAUAGCAGCCGGCAGAGAAGACGUUGAUGUAAGGUGUCUGGGUGACGGGAGACCGUUUGCUAUUGAGAUAACAGAUCCCAAGCGUGAACUGACAUCCGAAGAAUUGAAUGAAGCUUGUGAUAUAAUAUGUACAAGUGGGGAGGUGGUUGUUAAGAAACUUGUGCCUAUUAAUAGGGAGGACCUCGCGUUGCUGAAAAAAGGUGAAGAGACAAAAAGCAAAACUUACGAGGCGCUGUGUAUCAAACUGACUCACUCCAAACAUGAUGAUUGCCCUGCAGACAGCCCGAUAACAAUGAGCCCCACAGACUUGCGGCUGAUCAACGGAUAUAAGGAAACUAAUGAUGUGACAAUGAUGAUCUCACAGAAGACUCCGCUUAGAGUUUUACAUCGAAGACCUCUUCUUGUCAGGAAAAGAGAGAUUCUAGAAAUGUCAGCUGUGGCUGUACCUGAACAUCCCCAGUUGUUUCGUUUGUCCGUCCGUACGUCAGCGGGGACGUACGUCAAGGAGUGGGUCCACGGGGAGUUGGGGCGAAGCACCCCGUCUUUGGGGGACGUCAUCGGAGCCCGAGUGGACCUGCUAGCUCUGGAUGUCACAGCUGUACAUCUACAAUGGCCGCCAGACAAACAAUAA